AUGCAGGGGCUGAUACAACACCAUAAGGAAAUUGUUGAGUACUUCAACAACAAAGGCGUUUCCGUGAUAUUUCUUUUCAGAAGGAAUCUGCUGCGUCGUAUGGUUUCCGUGAUUGCAAAUUCCUAUGAUCGAUACGCCAAACUCUUAAAUGGAACACACAAGUCUCAUGUGCACUCACCUGAAGAGGCUUCUACUCUCGCGAAGUAUAAACCAGAAAUCAAUACAACAUUACUGAUCACAGAUUUGAAGAAAAUGGAAGUGGCAGCCACUGAGGCAUUGGAGUACUUCAAUAGCACUCGGCACCUAACUCUCUAUUACGAAGAUCUUAUCAGAAAUCAGACUAAAUUGGGAGAUGUACUAGAUUUUCUAAAAUUGCCACAAAUGAAUUUAAGUAGCCGCCAAGUUAAGAUACAUAGUGGACCUUUGCGGGAGCAUAUCAGGAACUGGGAUGAUGUGAAUAAGACAUUGAGCGGAACAACAUAUGAGAGUUUCCUUCGCUCUGACUGUUAAAUUUUCACCUUCAUUGAUUGAUGAAGGAGGUGUAGAUAUCAACCUGGAAAUAUAUCUUACUGCAUUACAACAGCAACUGCUACGCCUGAAAACCAAACAGAUUGAGACCGGCAAUGUGAGCAAGCUCAUAUAGACGGUGCAUUGGUCGAUGUAAAUCAACAGAAAUCCAGUUUAGCCCCACAUUUAUCUGUAGGUUCCAUAUUUGUUUUUUUCCAAAUUGCAAGUGUAAUUAAGCUGAGUGUCAAAGGUCAAAGAUCUUAUAG